CACACACACACACACACUCGCACACACAUCCACUGGUUGUCAGGAACUCACAACGCAGAAUAAGUUUAGUUUCAUAACCUCUUUGAGCAAGUGCAUCCAAGCAGAAACACAGACACUCUUUUGUCAGAUAUAUUGCUUGCUCGCAGACAAGCUGCACUUCUGCUCGAUGGAGACAAUGUGAUUUAAUGUAUUAAUGAGGAAAUAGCCUACAAAUAUCUCUUCAUUUGGUUGGCAGUUCUUCAAACCAAAAGAUGGCUUCCAUGAUAAAUUCCACGGCAACAACCUCAAUGAUGAACUCAAGCUCCCCACCCACAACCACAAUGUCGCCGGCUGAUGUUACAAAGUACACCCCAGUGCUUCUGGUCAUCUACUCUGUGGUUCUGCUCUGCGGUAUCAUCAGCCUGAGCCUGAUGAUGCACAUCCUGAAGUCCAGCACCACAUCCAUAACCUCCAUCGCUGUACUCAACCUCAUCUUUGCCCACUUCCUCUUCCUUCUCACUGUGCCCUUUAGGAUUCACUACUACGCCACUAAUGAUUGGGCCCUGGGCUAUGGGUGGUGUAAAGUGGUCAGCGGCAUGAUCCACAUCCACAUGUACAUGUCUUUUCUCUUCUAUGUGAUCAUCCUCAUUACGCGCCUGAUGACGUUCUACCUCAAAGCUGAGCAGGGGGCCUCCUUCCAGAAGAUUCACGCACUCCUUGUCAGUGCUGUGGUGUGGAUGGUGGUGCUUGUUGUGGUCCCUUUCAUUAUGUAUUUUAUCUAUGGCAAAGAAAAUAAGCAUCAUUGGUCGGAAUCCAACAAUGUGACACACUGCUUCAAGUUUGGCAACAGCCUACAGCCUGGUCCAGCCAAGACGGUCAACUACAUUAUAAGCACAGUCAUCAUAGUGGUGGCCACGGUGCUGACGGCCCUCCAAGCCAAUGUCCUAAGGGUUUUAUACAGGAAGCACCGCCAGGGUUGCACCUCUCAACAGGACUUUGGGGCUCAGCUGAAGGGCCUGUGCUUUGCUCUCAUCAUGGUGGUCUGUUUCAUUCCCUACCACAUGUUCCGGCUUUAUUACUUAGAACACCUCAAUCUGCAGGACGUCAAUGAGUUGUUUCUGAGUCUGACCACCUUUAACUGUUUGGACAUGCUCACCUUCUUGGGGAGGAGGAGCUGCUACGCAUGCUUUCCAGCAGUGAUACAAGACAUGUUUAGAUCCUUUACUUGAGUAAAAGUAUCAAUUGGCUAACACACCGCCAAAACACUGUGUUACAACUAAAAGUCCUGCAUUGAAAAUCUUACUUAAGUAAAAGUAUCUAAGCAUCAUCAGGAAAAUGUACAUAAAGUAUUACAAAUUAAAAAAGUACUCAAUGCACAAAAAUCCUCACAUUUUAGAAACUGGAAACCAAAACAAAACAAAACAAACCCUAACCAAAACAGUUCUGUGUUGAAACGGCUUAGCGUUUCCGCUGGACUUAUAUAUUGCCUAUACAUUGUUGGGUGGUUUAAUUUAUAACAAAACAUAGUAUUUUAAAACUACACAUGUUUUGUGUGCAAAAGUCUUAAGUCUUAGUCUUAUUUUACUGUUUUACUAUUUGCUAUAUUUUGUUACUUUAUUUUACUGUAGUGCCUUAGCAAGGUUUUUAAUUAGAGCACUGCUUACAAAAAAAUCAUUAAAACUAACAAUUAGAUGUCCACCCACUGUUGUGUCACAUGCAUUUUUUUCAGUGUGAUGUUACUUACAUGACUGUGUUUCUGUAUCUGUUCCUGUAAAAUUAUUACAUUGUAUUUUGCCAUUAUUUGAUAGCUGAAAGUGUAGAGAGAGGAACGACAUGCAGUAAAGGUUAUGUGGUAUGUAUCUUAAUCAGUAGGCUACCAGGGCCUAUAACACAGUGUUUCUUUCUCAGGAAAUGUUGAAAGAAUUUGACAUGACUGGAAAAUACCUUUUGAGUUUUACUCAAAAUUGAUGCACUCUUGCCAUCUGCUGGUCUUUGUAUAUAUUACACAGGCUUCAAACUUGAAAUCUAUAAUGCUAGAUAAUGCCAUUGGUCUUUAGGUUCCCUUCAUGUAUAAGACGUGUAAGUGGAAAUGAAUGAAUAAACAUGUGUCACCGUGUUUGCUAACACUUAACCCCUGUGUACUUAGCUUGAGUGAAAUAAAUGUCUAAAAUUGUUA